UGAAAAUAGAUAACUUUUUUUUUAUUGAAUCUUUCAAUUUAAAGCUAAAUUCUUUUUGUCGACAAACAUUACUUAAUACUUGGUUAAUGAUUAUUAGCUGUAAUUAUAGCCGAUAUCAUAAUCUAUUCUUAUAUUUAAGAUCGUCUUAAGAUUACAUUUAAUAAGAUGGCCAUACAAGUUUACUUAAAAUGGCUUUAAAUAUAAGAACGGAUUAUGAAUAUUGGCCUAUAUGUUACAGAAACACUUUGAUCUUGCGUGUGUUAUGAGAAAUUUACUUGAAUUUGUUUCGCGAGAGUAUGGUACGUAUUUUUUUAGUAACAGGAAUUUUUAUCUCGUGAACUUUCUCGCGCUUAUGAUUUUGUACUUUGUAUGAGGAAGAAGAUAGAUGAUCUAAGAAUUAUUAGUUUAUGAACAAUAAUUAGAAAUAUGCACAAGCGACGUCGCAACGUAUUCUUUUGAGUUUCGAGACGAAUAUUAAUUAAAUGUGACAGAUGAAAAUGCAUCACUCGUGUUAGUGAUUUAAAUAAACCACAUUCAUACAUUUAGAUAAAUUAAAGAAUAUUAGAAAUUGUGCGUAAAUCUUUUCUUAUUUGAAAUUAGCAGCACGAACUUUCGAUUUUGCGUGGAUUGACAGAUUUUCUUUCCGUAUUCUUUUAAUUAAGUCGCAUUAUUUAAUUUGCAGUGAUGUUGUUCGACGUAUUUUUUACAAAUAAUUAUUUUGUAAUAUUGUAUGUAUAUCAUAUGCAUAAUAAUAAUCAUAUUCUAUAUGUAGCAUGGCGUUUGAUGACUUCUUAGCGUCGUCAGGCACUUGAUUCUUUUUCGAAGUUUGCUAUUUGUUCUUUGCCAAAACUGAAAUUUUUAUUAUGGGUGAUUUAUACACAAACGCUACGAAAUAAAGAGUUUUGUAAAUUUAUACUUGUAACGGUAUAUUUCAUUUCUAUAAAAAUUUUACAUUUUGUGAAGUUGUUACUUUUCUAUGUAUGUACAAUACCUCGAAUCACAAACAUCAAAAGUCGAACUGGAAAUUAAACUCUAGACAAUUUCAGUAUAAAUAAAGCGUACAAAUUAAAGUACGAAAUUAACCUUUUCCUCUCAAUCAUCUAAAAUAUUGAGAUAAUGUUGAAAGUAAGAGAUGCAUCAAAUGAAUCUUUCUGUAUCGGACAACAAGUCAAUCGACGAGACAUACGAAAGUAAUGUGAAAGUAUUUGUGCGAAUUUUACCGCUCGAGAAAAUAUGCGAUUCUUACGCAAAGAUCAAUGCGGACAGUAAGACAAUAUACGUGAGAUGUUUGCAAGAUUUGCAACGAGAAAAACAGUCGAUGGGUUCGUAUCCCAUGUAUUGGGUCUUUCGAACCAAUGGGAUAUUUCACGAGACAUCCCAGGAAAAAGUGUAUCAUGCCACCGCAAAAGAUUUCUUCGAAAAGUAUCACUUUAUAUUUAAAAUCGGCAAUGACGAUAUUCCAUAUUGCGUCAGUUAUAUAAUCAAUUUAUUUAAUGUUAUUUAAUAUUGGGAAAAUUAGCUUAUU